UACAUACACUACACGCACGUUCGUAGAUCCGGAGUAGUACUAGUCAACGGCGCGGCCGGGCGCCAACAAGGGAACGGAUUGGCCGGCGCGUACAAACCUGCAUGUAAAGGCAGCGCCACACGACACGAAGGCAUCGAACGCUAGCUUCAAUUGAUCCUCUUUCUCUAGCUAGCCAUGACAUCAGCGAGGACUCGUCGGUUCGUCACGGCGGCGCUCCGGCGCCACGGCCUCCUCCUCAUCGCCCUCGUGCCGCUUCUCGUCGUUGGCGCCUCCGGCGUCACGGCGCAGGGCGGCUGUGCUGCGGGGGGCUUGGUGGAGGUGAACGUCGGGGUGAUUUUGGACACCAAGACGUGGUCGGGGAAUACCAGCUGGGCGUGCAUGGAGAUGGCCAUGGAGGAUUUCUACGCGGACGCUAGACACGCCGGCUACCGCACCAGGCUCAAGCUCCACCUCAGGGACGCCGGGUCGGACCCCGUCGACGCCGCGUCCGCAGGUGUUGAUUUACUCAAAAAUGUUCGGGCACAAGCUAUUGUUGGACCGCAGACGUCAACUCAGGCUAAGUUUCUGUCGGGGCUUGGGAUUAAAUCAUCGGUACCAUUCAUUUCAUUCUCAGCAUACUGCUCGUCGCGACCCGGACAAAAUCCAUACUUCAUCCGGACAGGAUGGAAUGACUCCUCUCAAGCAGAAGCUAUAGCCUCGCUUGUUCAGACCUACCAUUGGAGAGAAGUCGUGCCUGUCUUUGAGGAUGACGAUUCCAAUACCAAAUUCAUUCCUGACCUCGUGGACGCCCUCAGACAAGUUGGCACUCGUGUUCCAUACAGGUGUAAGAUCCGUCCUUUGGCUACGGAGGAUGAUCUAAAGCGAGCUAUAUUGACCUUAAAAUCCAACUGGACAAGUGUAUUUGUUGUGCGUAUGUCGCACACAUUGGCCAGUAAGUUUUUCAAUCUUGCUAAGGAGGAAGGGAUUAUAAGCCAGGGCUUUGUCUGGAUUACGGCACAUGGCUCAACAGAUAUCUUGGAUGUGGUUAAUUCUCGGGCACUUGGUGCGAUGCAUGGAGUUCUUCAGGUGAAACCUCACGUUCAGGAUACCGUGGAACUUCAAAACUUUAGGCAGAGAUGGCGCAAUAAGUAUCGAUCGAAAAAACCGGGCACCAGAUUGAGUGAGCCCACACUGUCAGGACUCUAUGCUUAUGAUACGGUAUGGGCAUUAGCAUUGGCGGCAGAGAAGGCUGGAUGUGGAUGCAGCAAAUCAGAAUGUGUGCGAUCUGUAUCAAACAGUGGGUCCACUGACUUUGAAAAAAUAGGUGCUUCCAAGACUGCUAAAAAACUGCGAGGCACACUCUUGGACGUCAAUUUUACGGGCUUGAGUGGGGAAUUUAAAAUUCAAGAUCUGCAACUACCAUCAGUGAAUUACGAGAUAAUCAAUAUUGUUGGUCGGGAGAGAAGAUUACUCGGAUUUUGGACUCCAGGAUCUGGCAUCUCCAGGAGUCUAAAUAGGACGGCUGACCUUCCCACCAUCAUAUGGCCAGGAGAUAAUGGAGCUGCACCUAGAGGUUGGCUGUUCCCAAUGAAUAAAAACCUUACAAUAGGUGUACCUAUGAAAGGUGGGUUUGACAAAUUUGUAACAUAUGAAAAUGGUCCCAGACCCAAAGGGUUCUGCAUCAAAGUAUUUGAGGCAGUAGUUGCUGCUUUACCCUACACAGUAAACUAUUCCUACCACGUAUUUAAAGAUGGGAAAGGAAAGAGUAACGGAACUUAUGAUGAACUUGUGCAAAAAGUUUAUCUUAAGGAAUAUGAUGCGGUGGUAGGUGAUAUAACAAUCUUAGCCAACCGUUCAUCAUAUGUGGACUUCACUCUUCCUUAUACUGAUUCAGGGGUACGCAUGCUCGUUCCAGUCCGGGACCGGAGACAGAAGACUGCAUGGACCUUCUUAAAGCCUUUGACAGCAGGCCUAUGGUUAGGAACUGGGGCCUUCGUUGUCUUCACCGGUUUUGUAGUCUGGUGUAUUGAGCACAGAGUAAAUGAAGGAUUCAGAGGUCCCCCAGUCAAUCAAAUUGGAUCAGUCUUCUACUUUUCCUUCUCAACACUCGUAUUUGCUCAUAGGGAGAAAAUCGUGAACAACUUAUCAAGAGUUAUAGUAGUUGUUUGGCUUUUUGUGGUGUUGAUUCUGCAGCAGAGUUAUACUGCAAGUUUAAGCUCAAUUCUCACAGUGGAACAGCUUCAGCCAACAGUCACCAAUUUAGAAGAUGUUAUCAGGCAAGGGAGCUACGUCGGCUACCUCAAUGAUUCUUUCAUGCCUGGACUUCUAAAAAGUUUGAAAAUUGAUGAAUCAAAGACGAUUGCCUACAACUCCCCUACGGAAUAUAAUGAAGCAUUAACAACUGGAAGAGUUGCCGUCAUUAUUGAUGAGAUACCAUACCUUAAGGUGUUCCUUGAACAAUAUUGCCGUAACUACACCAUGAUUGGACCGACCUACAAGUUUGAUGGAUUUGGUUUUGCAUUUCCUCGAGGCUCUCCACUCACAUCUGAGAUUUCAAGGGAGAUACUGCGAUUCGCAUCAACUACCAAAAUGUCAGAGCUGGAGAAAGCUUUGUAUGGCGAUAAUCCAUGUCCCGACAAGGAUGACUCCCAAACUUCAAGCAGCCUUACGUUACACAGCUUUCAAGGGUUAUUCAUCAUCACCGGAGCAUCUUCAAUGCUGGCACUAAUCCUACACAUCGUCAUAACAUUUUAUAACGAUUGGCAUGGUUUGAAUAGUGACAGCAGUCAGAAUUCAUGGAACAGAUGUCUCGACAUCCUCUCCAAGCUCUUCCAGGAGCGCAAUUGUCCUUCUAAUAAUCCAGAUAAAGAGCCCACAACAAAAAGUGUUGGUACUACUACAAUUGAGAUCCCACCAAAUUUAGAUAUGGAUGCAGUUUGUCCACCAGAAGAAGGAACACCAGCUGAGGAACUUUCUGUUCAGGAUGCAGAACCACCGUCAUUUGCGCAUUCUGUGAGCAGUCAGAGUUCAUGGAACAAAUGUCGCAACAUCCUCUCCAAGCUCUUACAGGAGCGCAAUAAUCCUUCUAAUAAUCCAGAUAAAGAACCCACAACGAAAAAUGUUGGUACUGCUACAAUUGAGAUCCCACUAAAUGUUCUUCUUCGAGAAGGAACACCAGCUGAGGAACAUUCUGUUCAGGAUGCAGAACCACCCUCAGUUGCACAUUCUGAGAGGGGGCUUAAUGUAGCAGCUUUUUUAUCUCGCAAUGGGAGUUCAAUCCGCCGGAGACAAGUGAACGCAUGACUACUGAAGUACUGUUCGAUGUAAUUAUUUAUUCAUUUAGCUGAUGUUUGUGACACAGUAUCUCUUUUGAAGGUUAGCUUGGUGUAAGAUAUUGCCACAUUGGAAAUUAGCGCAAGUUAUGGGAGCAAGCAAUUCUGAUGCUUGUGGUCCUGAAAAAAACAUAUAAAUAUAGUAUCCUGCAUGCAUGUUGAUUUUCGCAUCACCCAAAAUUCCAUGAAAUCAUCAGAUGACGUUCA